GAUAGUGGAAAAUCCAGAGAACGUUCCUCGGAGAGAAACGGUUGUGGCAUUGUGGCAAUGUCCCUCUCUAGUCUAGGCGUGGGGCAUUGUGCUAUUUUCCAGGAGUCCAGGAUUGUUCGGUAAGGACGUAGUCGGCGUCGUGUGCAUGGAAAGCCGGCGUUCUUCCGCGUUUCCUGCAGAAGCAGACUGGAGGCAGCAGUAACAUUUUACAGAAAAGCAAGCAACGACUUUCUAGCAUGUCGUCGCAUACGUCGAAACCCCUGCCACCGCCGCCUAGCUCCAGCCAGGCGGCGCCUCGCAACGUCCUCAACCGCUCGGAGCUGACCUCGGCUCUGGCCGAGCGACGCAUGCUGGUGUCCAGCGACGAGAACAGCCACCAGGACCGGCUGCCAGUUUCCCCGCAGGCGAGGGCGCAGGUGUCGUCGCGACGCUCCUCGCCAAAGGAGCAACGGUACUCCGUCCAAGUGACCAAUAGUCCUUCUCUCCCGAAUCGAUCUAAGCGCUUCUCUGCUCUGGACCUGCCAGUCAGGCCGGCACCAACGGUCGGGCGAGGGAAGAAGCCUGGUCCACCGCCCCCGACAAAGCCUAAACUAACGUCACCUCCGCCAAACCCCAAGCCGAGUGCGUCGCCGGCACCAAAGCCAAAGCCUGGCCGGCUUCCGGAGCAGAGAGCCAAGCUGCCCACUUCACCACUGCAGAAUGACCGCAAGCCGACAAAGUCCGAAUCUCCGACACACUCCGAAGGGCCCCCAAAGCCGAUCCCCAAGCCGCCACUCAAGCCCAGGCGCAGCCAAGGCGACAUGCCUGUACAGCAGCAGCAGCAGCAGACCACCUGGCUGCCAACACCACCCACACGUUCGCCGCCGCCUCAGCUGGAAACACAGCCAUCGGAGGAGCUGUAUGAAGCAUACGCCGGCGGCACUAUGGAAGAUUUCUACGAGGCCCCAAUGGAUGAUGGUUUGAUUACCAAUAGAAUGUCCAGCGUAGAUAGUCCCAAUUCCGCUGGCUUGUAUCGACCGAUGGAUUUCUCAUCAGCCGAGGCCAUAUCCUUCGGCGGCAGAAAUUUUGACGAGCCGUCGCUCUUCGAUUCCGCGCCUUCGGGAACCGUUAGUCCGCCCGUCGUUUGCGCCAGAUCGGAGCGCGGACCGGGACACCCGCGCAGCAGGACCGAGAGGCCCCCUAGUCCUCCGCGCAAGCCCUUGCCAAAUUCGUCAGUCUCGACCUCGGCGCUAGGCGAGCGCGAUUCGCAGGUCACCGUACGUCCCAGACCUGCCGUCAAACCCAAAGCCAUGAAGACCAUACAGGCCGAGAACAGAUCCUCGUUCGGCAGCUUCAGCGAACCCAACUCGCCGAAUACGAAGCGCACCAGCAAAUGCCCCAGUUCUAGCAAGCUAGGCAGUAAGGGAGCUGCCCAGCAUGGCUCUGUGGGAUCACUUCAUAAUGCGGCUGGCUCGGCUAACACGGAGAGAACAUCUCGACCGUCCAGCCGGUCCGACAAUCAUCAACAGCAGCAGCACAGUGUCCUGCCCGCACCGCCCACCAAACCUCUUCCAAAGGUUUCUCCGAAACACGACAAGUGCCUGAGUCCGCCAUCGGUGCCCCGUCGGGUUGCGUCUAGCGCCGUGUUUGGCAGUCAUAAGCGUGAAUCUGGUGUGCAGGAGGAUUACCCAGAGCCUCCCGUUAUCCACGCGGUGUCUCCGUUCAAGGAGCUGAAUGAGAAACUGAGCAAAUUUUCCAGGGGCCAAAGUGGGGAGCGCAGUGGCACAGGUACCCCGGACAGUGCGGUGGGUCGCAGCAGUACUUCCCCUGAAUCGAGCAGUGACAUUUACGACGAUGUCAUUAUAGAUGUUCCACAUCGUGAGAGCGACGGACCUGUGCGUGCGCCGGGAUGGGCACGCGAGCAGCCCGGUGACCAAGAAGACGAGGAAGCAGGUGAGCUUACCUACGAAUCAGUACCCGCCGUGCAAACAGCAGUGAGACAAGUCCGACCGGACCACAGGAAGGCGGUGGCCAAGCGUGUAGUGGAUCGUCUCGGACCUCGGAUAAGCAUGUUCGGCGCGGGGGCCGCCGGUGCUUCUGCGUAUCAAGCGCCGGACCAAUCUUCUGUGUCUGAUGAGACUUACACGCAUCUACAGGACACCUGGACUGAUCCAGCAGGGUCAGUUACUGGCUCUUUCUAUGAGAUGGACGACUUCGAGUUUGACGAGGAAACCCAGUCUGUGUACGAGGCCCCUCAAGAUGACGAUGGGUACUUUGCUUCGAAAGGUAGAGAUUCCGGCCAGGCACCGCAUGUGAUUGACAAGUGCAGGAUGGCCACAAUGAAAGCCAGUAGAGGUUACAUACUGAAGGCUGCUAAAGGCUUGGAUCCUCCUGGUGAGCCACCGGCAGAGCUGGCAUCAGCACAUGCAGCGUCUGCUCUCCGACCAGAGGAUCUCUACAGUGAAAAUGGACGUGAGCUGUAUCCUUUGUUCAUGAAAACCGGCCUGAACGCUGUGCGCUUUGGCAAGUUCCCCAGCUUCAUUCAGGGUCGUCAGCGACGCCCUCACUUAGGGCGCACCGACAGCAAAAUGUCCGUCAGCUCGCAAGACAAAGGCAGUGACCUCCAAUACCAGUAUAUACAACUGAUAAUUUUGCACGAGGAAGUCUACAACAACACGCUGCGUACCAUGGUGGAGAGAUUUGUGCGUGCACGGGACUUCAGCCCGGACCUGCCCGAAGAGCUACGCGUGAUCGACAAACCUGCCGUCAAAGCUCUCUUCAGCAACAUUGAAGCGCUCUUCGAUGCCAGCACACGACUGCUCUCUGGCCUGAAGAGUCGCCAGGCAGAGCAAGGAGGAGAUAUGGAGUCUGUGUCUGACUUGUUUCAGUACAUGCUGUGUGAAUGCAUGAACAAACUGUACAUGACCUACUGCACUAACCACGUGUAUCAGCUGCGGAAGCUCGAGGAGCUAUGCAAGGACAACUCGCAUUUCAGCCGAUCAUUGGCCAUUGUGGAGAAUGACAGGUCCCUGUCGGGAAACAAGCUAGCCUCAUUCCUGUCCGUCCCGAUCUCCUACAUCAUCUACUUGCCAAAGUACUUGCAGGUGCUGACUGAAAACCUACCUCCCCAGGCGACCACUGUGGAGUUCAAAACUGCCGACUCCGCUAAGAAGGUCGCUAGGUGGUGUGAUGAAGCAGCGCAGACUGUGAACCGCACUGAACAGCUGGUACGGACUGAACAUCAACUGGACUUUGCCAAGGUCAAGCAUAUUGCCCUGGUGUCGCAGGCCAGACGGCUAAUCCGGUCUGCUCCCGUCCGACACUAUGAUGUGUCCAAUCCGGCUGCACCUCAUCGUCAGGACGCUCACCUUCUUGUGUUCAACGACCUGAUCAUGCUUGCCAAGCCCAAGGGGAUCAUGAGUACUCUGAAAAAUCUCGGAAGCAGCAAGAGCCAGCUCAAAGUCCAAAGUUGGUGCGAGAGGCGGCAAGUUCACGUGGAGACCGACGAGAAAGAGAUGCUUGACUUUCCGGUCGCUGACCAGGAGAAAACGCUGAAGGGCGGCCUAUCCAGGCUUCGCAGCAAUGUGCGUAAGGAAGCAGCCCUGGACACAGAGUUGGCGUUCAAGUUGAUGUUGGAUGCCGACGGUGAACGAAAGGAGUACAUCCUGGAAGCCUUCAGCUUCACCGAUCGCGAGAGAUGGCUGACGGCAAUAGACAACGAGGCGUCGAAGGCGGGCCAUGCAGUGGAGUCCAUCUACGAGGACGCUGAGCUCACUCACUAUGAGGUGACGACGGAGCACAUUGCCAGCGAGACGGAUGAGCUCACUCUCACCCUGGGAAAUACGGUACUGGCACGGCGAAAAGCGCAAGACGGUUGGUGUUUUGGCGAGGACUUGCUCACCGGCCGAGUGGGCUGGUUUCAGCUGAUCUUCUGCAUCGCCGUGUGAUCAUGCUGAUGUGCUGAUGAUGUCAUCAUGUUUUCAACGCAUGCACAUGUAGUAGCCUUGUGUGAUUCUGAUGACAUCAUCGCACUUGGAUCUACUGUGAGAGGCCUGUGUGAUACUUGUGACGUCAUUCUGUUUUCUUCAAAGUACAUGGGCUCUACUGCAGCAUUCAUGUUGUGUUUUUUCUUCAUAGCAUCAUCAUAUUUAUUAUAUUUAAAAAACUAAAACAGGAUAAAUCCAGUUGAUAUUUGGGUUUUCUGUGCACAUUUCUUCCGAAUUUGGGAUACGCUUGCGACGUAACAAUCUGGUCCUAUUUUUUCUUAUACUUUUCAUCUUUCUUUUGAAUGAGGCUUCGAGAAUUUGUUUUAGGCCACACCCGAAAUACAUAUCAGUGCCCGGUCGAUGAGAGCCUAUUACAAUACCAGUGUUUCCAGAAUACAUUUCUGAAAUUUGUCUUACACCAUUGCACUGCGCAGGUUUUUUAUGCUCGCAAUGUACAGUGAAGUUG